AAAAAAAAAAAAAGGCUCGGUCCCCCUGCUCGCUGCACCACGGUCCCGGGAUUCUUGAGCUGUGCCCAGCUGACGAGCUUUUGAAGAUGGCACAAUAACUGUCCAGUGAUGCCUGACCAUGACAGCACAGCCCUCUUAAGCCGGCAAACCAAGAGGAGAAGAGUUGACAUUGGAGUGAAAAGGACGGUAGGGACAGCAUCUGCAUUUUUUGCUAAGGCAAGAGCAACGUUUUUUAGUGCCAUGAAUCCCCAAGGUUCCGAGCAGGAUGUUGAGUAUUCAGUAGUGCAGCAUGCAGAUGGGGAAAAGUCAAAUGUACUCCGCAAGCUGCUGAAGAGGGCGAACUCGUAUGAAGAUGCCAUGAUGCCUUUUCCAGGAGCAACCAUAAUUUCCCAGCUGUUGAAAAAUAACAUGAACAAAAAUGGUGGCACGGAGCCCAGUUUCCAAGCCAGCGGUCUCUCUAGCACAGGCUCCGAAGUACAUCAGGAAGAUAUAUGCAGCAACUCUUCAAGAGACAGCCCCCCAGAGUGUCUUUCCCCUUUUGGCAGGCCUACUAUGAGCCAGUUUGAUAUGGAUCGCUUAUGUGAUGAGCACCUGAGAGCAAAGCGCGCCCGGGUUGAGAAUAUAAUUCGGGGUAUGAGCCAUUCCCCCAGUGUGGCAUUAAGGGGCAAUGAAAACGAAAGAGAGAUGGCCCCGCAGUCUGUGAGCCCCCGAGAAAGUUACAGAGAAAACAAACGCAAGCAAAAGCUGCCGCAGCAGCAGCAACAGAGUUUCCAGCAGCUGGUUUCAGCCCGAAAAGAACAGAAGCGAGAGGAGCGCCGACAGCUGAAACAGCAGCUGGAGGACAUGCAGAAACAGCUGCGCCAGCUGCAGGAAAAGUUCUACCAAAUCUAUGACAGCACUGAUUCCGAAAAUGAUGAAGAUGGCAACCUGUCUGAAGACAGCAUGCGCUCGGAGAUCCUGGAUGCCAGGGCCCAGGACUCCGUCGGGAGGUCAGAUAAUGAGAUGUGCGAGCUGGACCCAGGACAGUUCAUUGACCGAGCCCGGGCCCUGAUCAGGGAGCAGGAAAUGGCUGAGAACAAGCCGAAGCGAGAAGGCAACAACAAAGAGAGGGACCACGGGCCAAACUCCUUACAACCAGAAGGCAAACAUUUGGCCGAGACCUUGAAACAGGAACUGAACUCUGCCAUGUCGCAAGUUGUGGACACUGUGGUCAAAGUCUUUUCGGCCAAACCUUCCCGCCAGGUUCCUCAGGUCUUCCCCCCUCUCCAGAUCCCCCAGGCCAGAUUUGCAGUCAAUGGGGAAAACCACAAUUUCCACACCGCCAACCAGCGCCUGCAGUGCUUUGGCGACGUCAUCAUUCCGAACCCCCUGGACAGCUUUGGCAGCGUACAGAUGCCCAGUUCCACAGACCAGACGGAAGCACUGCCCCUGGUGGUCCGCAAAAACUCAUCUGACCAGUCUGCCUCCGGCCCCCCCACUGGUGGCCACCACCAGCCCCUGCACCAGUCCCCUCUCUCCGCCACGGCGGGCUUCACCACGUCCACUUUCCGCCAUCCCUUCCCCCUUCCCCUGAUGGCCUAUCCAUUUCAGAGUCCGCUAGGUGCUCCCUCCGGCUCCUUCUCGGGAAAAGACCGAGCAUCUCCCGAGUCCUUAGACUUAACUAGGGAGACCACAAGUCUGAGGACCAAGAUGUCAUCCCACCACCUGAGCCACCACCCUUGUUCACCAGCACACCCACCCAGCUCGGCGGAAGGCCUCUCCCUGUCACUCAUCAAGUCCGAGUGUGGCGAUCUUCAAGACAUGUCCGAAAUCUCACCUUACUCGGGAAGUGCAAUGCAGGAAGGAUUGUCACCCAAUCACUUGAAAAAAGCAAAGCUCAUGUUCUUUUAUACCCGUUAUCCCAGCUCCAAUAUGCUGAAGACCUACUUCUCCGAUGUAAAGUUCAACAGAUGCAUUACCUCUCAGCUCAUCAAGUGGUUUAGCAAUUUCCGUGAGUUUUACUACAUUCAGAUGGAGAAGUACGCGCGGCAGGCCAUCAACGACGGAGUCACCAGCACGGAAGAGCUGUCUAUAACCAGAGACUGUGAGCUGUACAGGGCUCUGAACAUGCACUACAAUAAAGCCAAUGACUUUGAGGUUCCAGAGAGAUUCCUGGAAGUUGCGCAGAUCACAUUACGGGAGUUUUUCAAUGCCAUCAUCGCAGGCAAAGAUGUUGAUCCUUCUUGGAAGAAGGCCAUAUACAAGGUCAUCUGCAAGCUGGACAGCGAAGUCCCUGAGAUUUUCAAAUCCCCGAACUGCCUACAAGAGCUGCUUCAUGAGUAGAAAUUUUAACAACUCUUUUCGAAUGUAUGAAUAGUAGCAGCCCCCUUUGGAUGUCCAAGUUAUACGUGUCUAGAUUUUGAUUUCAUAUGUAUGUGUAUGGGAGGCAUGGAUAUGUUAUGAAAUCAGCCGGUAAUUCCUCCUCAUCACCUCUCUCUCCUUUUCUUUUGUUUUCCAUUGCAAGGGGAUGGUUAAUUUCCUCCUGCCUUCCGUUUACUUUUGCCCAAGGCCCUUAACGUUUGGAGACUUAAAAUAGGGUUAGUUUUCAGGGAACAGAGAGGAGUGUUGACGCGUGUGAAGAAUAUGUUCGCGAGGAAGGGCAUUGGUUAAAGAUGUUUCUGCUCCGCUGCUGCUUUGUGGCCAUUGGCGGGAGGCAGGAGGGGACCUGGGACGCAGUUCUACUGAAAGUGAUGUCUCUUGUUUUUUUCUGCUAAGAAGGUCAGAAAACUCAGUGACACCACUUCGUGAACUCACAUAGAUUGUUUGGUUUGAACUCAGUCAAUCGCUUUUUAUUACAUGUUUGAAAACCAUGCCAAUGGCAGACGAGCAGCUCCCUUUCCAAAAGUAGUGCGAAAGGCCGAAUUUAAAAAAGAAAAAUAAUCACUAACUGUCAAGCCUUUCCUGAGAGAAACAGCAAGUCCCCCAAACCAGUAGCGGUUUCCUAUGGAGGCGGGACAGCUUUGCGCCAGACUGACUCCUUUAAGACGAGACUGGGAAUUCACCCACGAUCCUCUGCUCACCUCUCUAAAUGUUACAGUGGGUUCUUCUUCAUAAUAAGUGAGUCUAUAUCCUUCUUCAUAGAGAAAAAGCCCUAGAACAUGUUAUCACUUCCUAUUUAUUUUGCUUCAGAUAUUAAAAGGCACAUAAGUUUCAAACUUACUUUGUUCAACUUUGUUUAUAUGCUUAAAAUAUUAUUAUUUGUUUGAUAUUUAACACCUUUUUUUUUUUUUGGUCAAAAAACCCUAUUUUCUGAAUACCUUUCUAUAGUAAGGAAUGAAGGGCAUCACGUGACCAUAAAAUUCCUGCCUACACUAGAAGUUGGCUGACAGCCGCUAGCUUGAUCCUCACUCCUAAGAGGAGCCCGGACGAGAAUUACCUAUUUCACGUACAAUUCCGCACUUCCCUGAUGGAUAGUCAAAGUGGUGACAGUCUAAUUAAGUGUGUCUUCAUUUUAGGUAUAGCAUUGUCAAGCAACUGAUAAAGUCUCUUCUAAUUCAGAAGCUAGUAUUGACCAAAACGUGAGGAGAGUGGAUACAUAGUAAAGUUUGGGGGUUGACCAGAAAGACACAAUUUCAGCACACCUAAGAAAGCUAGCUGCUAUUUUAUGCUUUCUUCAAUGGUUCUCUUUUUCCUUUGGUCUCGAUUUCUCCGUUCUUCAAAGGCAUACAACGUCCCAUACUCGCUCUGAAAAAGUCGUGUGGCAUUCACACUUGUUUUGUUAGGUGGGUUUUGUGUACAGAUGCAGUAAGAAUUCUUGUUCAUUCAAUAGGUUUCUUCAGAUCUUCCCCUCCCCUUAGGUAAUUUGAUAUACACCUCCUAAAAUGACACGGUAACAAACGUGGUAUUUAGAUCAUAUGGAACAUAAAUACCAUUUUUUCUUAAUUUUUAUAAAAAUACAUUUGACCUCAGAGAAGGCAGGUGCAACCCACGUGACUAGCUAACCUAAUCGGUGCAGUUUGCCACCAUUUAUCAAUUCUGCUGAUGGCCAGGAAUGGUGGAGGCAAUGACUCAGCACAAAGCCUUAAAACCUGCUGACUUUAAAGGAAAAGGUCCCGUCUUGUGAUGGCCUGCACCACUGAGUGGACUAACGGGCUGUCACGGGGGUGGACAGAGUGCAGCGAUGGGCCGGACACCCACAGCCAACACAUCGCCCGGCUGGGGGAAAUACAUUCGGAUAAUCAUUACCUUGGAAUAAAAUGCAAACCCGCCCAAAUCCAAUGAGCACAAAGUAGGGAAGCAAUGUCCACCCUCGGUCGCACUCUUUUCCCUUGCUUCAUGUAAAAGAGAGUGACAUUUACUGUCACGCCAGAUACCACGGGGUCUUGACCAGUCCACGGAAUUCAUAUCAACUGGGUUGCCAUUUGCAAGGUAAAAGGCAAAGCCGUAGUGUAUGCACCUAUGCAGUCAGAUUCUAGAAUCUUCUGGAGGUGGGGCAAGUUCAGUAUUGACUCCAGACUUACUUGGAUUUUUAGUAUCAGUCUCCCCUGCCUUUCUAAUUUAAGUAGCCAAAUUAAGCAAAAGUGUAUGUUCACAGGCAAACGUUGGUGCGCUUAUCAACGAUAAAACCCUCUCAAUGUUCACUGAGGCAUCGAGAUUACUUCAGAGUAGCAAUUGAAACAUGAGGAUAAACUCUCUUCAUUAUUCUGAAAAUAGAACUUGAUCACUUUGCUUUUAGGUGGUUUCCCCCCCUUUUUACAAUGGUAGAAUCUUGUGCCUCCAAGUGCAUGGGAAAAUAGCAAAAGCCCGUCUCUCAAAACUCCUAUUUAACAGUUGUGUGUGUUUUUUUAAAUCACUAUCUUUCAACUCUUAGCUUAACUCUCACCAAGUAGAAAUGGGUUACGUGGGAGAAAGUUAACAUCCUAUGGUGGGAGGGUGAGCCAUGAGGGACAGUUUGCAUAGGGGGAAAAAGUCUAAAGUCCAUGUUGAAAUACCACACUCUCACUUAUUUUCUGCUAAAUUAUUUUCGCAUAUACACUUGAGGUUAUAGUCUGUGCCUAGACCUAAAAUGCACCAGCGGGGGGAUUUUUAAAAAUCCUUCAAAAUACCAGUUUUUUCCCACAAGUACAAUUGUUCUUGUGCCUUCUGUGGCUUCCGACUUCAUCCUUUUGACUUUAUUUCCAAUUACUACAGCUGCAAUAAACACUAGAUUUUUUUUUUCCUGGCUGUUUGACAUAACAUUGAUAGCUAUGCAUAUUUUGUGUCUUUUUAAAACAAAGCGGGAGAAUACGUUUUUGAAGAAGAGAAUUUUUAGAACAGUUUGAUACCGCAAAUUAUUUUUUUCCUCAAUUGUUUGAGCAGCAUUCGAGUUUUGAAAAUUCUUGUAGAAGCCAAUUUUUUGUAACUGUGGUGCAAAUCUUGUGUUUUCUUAGCCUAAUAAAAAGUAGUAUAGAAGCAAUAUUUCAUAUCAUGUGCUAUAUAUGUGUGUGCAGAUGUGUGAACAUGAAAACACAUACACACAUAUACACACAUGUAAAAAUAUACAUAUAGGUGUGUGUGAAGUGGAAAGCUUAUCUUUUCCUAUCUAGAUUUAAGGACCUAUUUUAGACAUUUGUUAUGUUUUGUGAAAAAAAUGUUCUAUUUGCAACAACAAAACAUUUAAUUCUUACUGUAUCUCUGGCUGUUUGAUGAGGAUGUCUCACAUGAAGUGGUAAAACAAUGUGGAGAUGGUAGAAUGUAGUCAUUAUUUAAGGAAAUCUUCACCCACAUCUUCCUGAAGUUCGCUUUGUGCCUCUGAGUAUUAUUUAAUUAAAGUGUUUUAUGUUUUCAGAAUCUUUGUUGCUGUGCUAGGGAUGUGGGUGAACAUCAUUUUUAAGAAUUUUAAAAACAACAACAACAAAAAAGCAAAACAAAAACACUAAAGCAAGAGGGGAACUUUUAUAAAGCAAUGUAAAUAUUUAACCUCAUGGCUGUGGUUUCGUCAGACGUGAGAUUUUCAUAAAUAACUACAUUCUCACAACAUCUGCUGAACCUAUUACGAACACUACAGUGACUGUACAGACAGUUGAAAGCAUCCUUGAAAAGCCUGCUCUCUACUUUUAAAAGGUGACAGCCUCUUUCAUCAGAUGUCAAGGGCAAGGGUAAUGCGGUUUCUGUAAAUUUAUGAAAUUUAUUUUCUAUGUACAUGAGGACAUAUAGUAAGUAAC